AGCACCCUCUCUCACAAAACCCGCGAGGGGCGGAGCAGGAGCACCGAGCGAGCCGGCCGGGGGCUCGUAUUGAUUCUGACGACUCACUUGCUCGUGUGCUUAUAUGGCGAGAGGUGGUUAAGGGCACAUGCAGCCCACCUAUCUAGUCAUCACAGUAUUCGCCUUAUGCUGCACCCUUAACACUGUUAACUCGCUGUUACUAUACGGCUGCACACUCACCGACACGUUAUGUGAAAACGACGAGCAGUGCUUUCCGGAUGGCGUAUUCGGACAGUGUUACUCGCCAAAUAGCGGCGCACCUACACCUACUGUAAUAGAUCAUCUAGAUGACACACAAUUGGAAUUACUACGUCUAGAACUUACCAGAUUGGCAAAACAAGACCUUAAUUGGUCAGAUCAACGCUCACAAUGUGUGCUUUCCUACUUCAAGCUAUCCAUGUAUUAUGGAUUACAGUACGAUCCAGAUUUCUGUCAAGUACGAAAUCCAGCAAAUAUCUGGGCUUUGAUACAGUUGAUCGAAAUGGGUUUGAACGAUAAUGAAGUUGGCAGCAAUGACUUGUCGGGUAUUGAGCAAAGUGACCAAAAUGGUGAAAACUAUUCAAAUGACGAAAAUGCAGUUGAUGACAGUAAUGAUCAAAUCAUUGUCGAUGAGGUCAAGGAAGUGCCCAUACUUCCCGGAAGCGAAACUGAUGGUACCGUAGACGGAAUAGUACCGCUAGAACAACAACAACAACAACAACAACAAGGAGUUGAUACUCCUCAACAAGAGACGGUUGACACCGAAACUGCGGCAGAUGCUGCACCAGAAGAAGAUAUCCAGAACAUUUUGGAGCGAAUUCAGGGACCACCACCACAGUUAGACAUCGAUGAAUUGAACGCUGCUGAUAUCAGUAUGGAUCCCACUGUAGAAGAAUACAUCGAACGAAUUGUUCGCGAAGAGAAUCCAGAUCUGUCGGUUUUGUCAGAUGAGCAACUGAACGACUUGAUACGUCGACUGUACAUUUUGAAGAACAAUUUGGCUGAUAGUGAGGACGAUCUGAUUGAUCAGGGAGAAGCCGAAGAAGCCAUACCUUUGGAUGCUUUGGCUGAUGAGAAGUUGGUCCUGAAAAAGGAUGCCGAAGAACUUGGUGAUCUUCGCACAGGGCUCGAAAAUGUAGAGCACAAGAUUGUCAAAGGACGAAAUUCCAACGGCGUUGCAAGAGUAGUUGGUAAUAGGGUUUACCUAAAAGUCAAUAUCAAAGAUGAGCAGCAACUGUACCCGCUUGUCGAGUUCCUGCAAAACAAGAUCGCUACACCGAACAACUUGUUGUUCGAUGACUUCCAAUUUGACGACAAUCAGCUAUCAAUGCGUAUCAGCCGACUAGAAAGCCAAAAGCCAAAAGCGGAAAAGCGCAUCGAUACUGUUGAAGGUGUUGCGCAAGCUGUUUAUAAGCGACGAAAGGACAUCGCAAGGUUCUCAGGCGCAGAAGUUGAUGAAACUGGUAUCGGCAUUGGAGAGGACUCAGUCCCCGUCGAGUCAUCCGCUCGUGACUGGAUGUUCAUGCCAGUUUUAUUCGUAUGUGCAUUUACGAUCACCGCUCUUCUCUCCGUGCUUGCGGUUCAUCUGGUCAAGCAACGUCGCCAUUACUACAACAACAAUAUCCAAAAUAUUGACGAUAUUGAAGGAAAGAGCAGCCUUGCAUAUCAGGAACUCUGUCGUCAACGAAUCGCGCAAGAUCCACCCGGAUCUGGACGAGCAAGCAAGAGCUCAUCCACAUCAAGCUGGGGCGAGGAAGCAAUUCAACAAUCUGGCAUUGAUAUCUCUACUGGUCAUGUGAUUCUGAACUUCUUGCAAGAAUGUCUUGCUGAUCCAACAAAAAUCGAAGCACAAUGGGAUGCGAUUCGUGAUUACCGUAACACUGACAAGCAUACAACGAUUGGCACUGAACAUCCAAACCGUAAUAGAAGCGUUGUGCCAUUCGACGAAAGCCUUGUGCCAGUUGACUCAUGGGAGGAAGGCAAAAAGGAAUACUUGAAUGCCAGCUUCAUUUACGACGAUGAUCCACGCCAGCCAGUCUACAUCGCGGCACAAACACCAAAAGCUGAGGACAUUGCAGCGUUCUGGCAAGCUAUUUGGCAACAUGGUGUAUGUUUGAUUGUAAAUCUGUCAACUAUCGAGGAAGGAAAACAGGAGAAGAGCUACUGGCCCGAAUCUGGCGCUGAAGUUCACGGUCCAUUCGAGAUUCAUCUUGUGUCUGAGCACAUCUGGAGCGAUGAUUACCUCGUGCGUUCCUUCUACCUGAAGAAUCUGCGCAAUGGACAGACACGAACCAUCACACAGUUCCACUACAUGUCAUGGAAACAAGGCGAAACUCCGGCUAGCCCAAAGAGUCUGCUGGAAUUCAGACGAAAAGUGAACAAAUCAUAUCGUGGACGAGCAUCACCUGUAUUGGUGCAUUCAUGGGAGGGUGCUGGACGAACGGGUGUCUUCUGUGCAGUAGACAUGCUUUGUGCACGAUUGCUAAAAGGUGUACGUCAACUGGAUGUUGUAGCUUCCGUCGAACAUCUUCGUGAUCAGCGAGAUGGACUUGUUCGCACAGCAGAUCAAUUCAAGCUAAUCUACGGUUGUGUGGCACAGGAAGUGAACUCGCUACUGAAAGCAUUACCGCAAUGAUGUAGAAGUCGAAGUUGGCAUAUGUAACCAGACUGUUCUCCCUCCUGGUUUUCCGAAUAUUUUCUAUUUGGAGUAAAAAUCGCAAUCGAUCGCUCGCUCUGUCCUUUUACAAUCUGACGUGUCACACCUAACUUAAUCUAGCGUGAUCUUUAUUGUGUAGCGUGAUCUGGUCCUUGUGUAGCCGUCAUUGCGGAACUGUCGUUGCCAUCAUACCUUCUCGACACUAUCAUCCCAAUGUUACAUGAUCUCAUCAUCAAUAACGCGCUGUUUAUGUCAUGACUAUGUAAUGAAUCAGUGUUGAU